UGAGCACAGCCACUACUCCAAAUAACUGUCAGUGAAGCCAAUCGACGAUGUCACCGGCCAUAAUCAUUCACCACUGCAUCAGCAUCUAAGCCGUGCUUCUAGCCAUGCUUAUCUUUUCCGUCUUCAAGACACUGACAGAUCAACGAGUAACCGUCGAGCUGAAGAACGAUCUCUCGAUUACAGGAGUCUUGAAGUCGGUAGACCAAUUUCUCAACAUCCGUCUAGACUCAAUCAAUGUACUGGACGAGGCGAGACACCCACACAUGAUGGCGGUGAAAAAUUGCUUUAUCCGCGGUUCCGUUGUGAGGUAUGUGCAGCUCCCUGCAGAACACGUCGAUACUCAGUUGCUGGAGGACGCGACACGCCGAGAGGUCGCUGCUCAAGGAAAACGGUGAUGGAUGUACAAUAUCCCUGGCCUAUUGGAGGCGCAGCUAUCAUUCAACAGGAAACUCGUAC